AUGGCCAAUGCAUUCCAUCCGUUCCUUGUUUUCCCACUCGCUCUCGCUCUCUCUCUCAUCUUCAACCUAUCAUCUGCAGCCUACAACAGCACUGAUUUGAUUCAAACAACAUGCAACAAAACAAACGACUACCAGCUCUGCAUCUCCUCUCUUGAAUCCGAUCCUCGAAGCUCCACCGCAGAUCUAAAUAUCUUUGCUAAGAUCAUGAUCGAGCUAACACUGUCUAACGUAACGGACACUUAUUCAUUCAUCGCUAAGCUGAUCAACGACACCGAGAUCGACCACGUCCUGAAAAUCUGCCUUUACGAUUGCUCGGCCGUCUAUGAUAUCGGCGUCAAUUACCUCAAAGACGCUCUUACGUAUCUUGAUCUGAAGGCUUACAUUGAAGUGGCCAAGUUGGUGGGGUCCGCCGGAGGUGAAGGUGUGGAAUGUGAUAAUAUGUUCAAAAAACCGCCUGUGCCUAAAUCACCUUCGCCAUUAACGUAUAGAAAUGAGAUCUUGGAAAAGCUAUGUAGUAUUAGUAAGGUGAUUGUAAGUCUCCUUGGUUGAUCAUAGUCGUUGGUUCCUUUUAUAUAGUUUAUCUGUUUUGGGUAAUUGAAAGUAGAUUUUGAUUUGAUGA